AUGGCACAGAAUAGCAGCUUCCAUUUUCCCGUUAAGCAGAAAAAUCCUCCAGGCAAGGAUGAUGCCCCACUGAAUGCCUGCACAGUGGAAGAGCGGCGGCCAAGUGGAUCCAUCCUGGAGGAGUGGUUUGUGGAACCCACCUCAGACUUCGAGCUGUGGAGAUCCCGAGGCUCUAACUCAGUGAACAUCAGAUGCCAAGCAGCCAAGCGAAAAGCAGAGGAAGUCCACUGUCUGGAGUGCGUGAGCCACAUCCCGGACCUUCUCUUCGCGCCUUGGACUUCAGAUGGUGACGCUACGCUCCUCCCAAGCGAGCGACGAAGGCGGGCAACCCUCGAGCUGUUGGCGUCCGUAAUGCAGGCCAGGCUCAUCUCUCCCUGGAGGAAUGGAAGCAUGAAGCUUUGCCGGCGUGCAGUUGGGGACAAAGCCGCCUUUUGUAAAGCUGCUGCCGUGACCGUUCCUGCUUGA